AUGACCUUUGGUUUAACCAAUGCACCAACUUCUUUUCAAGCACUUACGAAUGAUGUUUUUAAACCUUAUUUGAGGAAAUUCAUUAUGUUUUUCUUUGAUGAUAUUCUUAUUUAUAGUCCUGAUUUACAAUCUCACUUACAACACUUGGAGCUUACUCUUAAACUUCUUCAACAACAUUCAUUAUUUGCAAAGCUCAGCAAGUGUUCUUUUGGACAAACUCAGAUUGAGUAUUUGGGUCACAUUAUCACUGGAAAUGGAGUCUCUGCUGAUCCACGUAAGAUUGAAUGCAUGAUCAAUUGCCUAGCUCCAACUACUCUAAAAGACUUAAGAGGAUUUCUAGGUCUUAUCGGAUAUUACAGAAAAUUCAUUCAACAUUAUGGACUUAUUUCCAAGCCCCUCACCGAGCUACUAAAGACGAAUAGUUUUCAGUGGACUUCUGAAGCACAAAUAACAUUUGAACAAUUAAAAGUUGUUGUUACAACUACUAUGUCUUAA